AUGUUUGGCCUUGCCAAAUCGCUCGACUUUUCUGAUACAUCAGCAGUGAACAAUGCAAUUGCUAAUGUAUGCAACGCUAUCUCAGCACGCCCAGGUCCAGCUGCUGCUAUCAUUGAUCGAAUGCAAACAGCGUUAAACGAACGUCAACAAAAAAUACAACAGCGCUUACCGCAAACAUUCACUUAUAUUACUAAUCAACAAAACAAGGAUAAACUAAAAGCAGGUGGUGACAAUUGCAAAAACUAUUUUAAUGGCUUGAGAACUCCAUUAAUGAUCGAUUUACAAAAUAAUAAAGAAAUGCUUCAGUUCAUGCAACAAGUAUUUGAACAACGUAUGAACGAUUUCAUCAAUGAAAUUCAACAACAGUCCGGCUGA